AUGUCGUGGGAGGGUGACAAUAACGAGCGGGUUCUGGUGCCUGUAGGCAAUGACGCGUGCAGCAAGGACGCGCUGCGAUGGGCCGUGGCCAAUAAGAUCUCGCAUCCCGACGACCUGCUCGUGCUGCUUCACAUCGUCACCAAAGCGCCGGGUCCGGAUGGGUACGACGUGGCGCAAAGCACGGUGUCGAAGACGGCGAUCGUGCAGCACGUGCGCACCGCCAUCAUGCCCAUGCUCUCGCAGCUCAAAGGCGCCGUUGACUCCAAGGUGCGCCUGGAGCUGCGCGUGGGGCGCAACGACUCACGGGAUGCGGGGAUCAUGGAGGAGGCGAAGAAGCUGCAAGCGACAUGCCUGGUGCUCGGUACCAAGGGCCGCGGGAUGUUCACCAUGCGCGGCAAGCUAUCAGGCAGCACGAGUGCCUACUGUGUGAAGAACCGACCCCCUUCGCUCUCCGUGAUAGUCGUCUCAAAAGACAAGGUGCUGCUGGUCAAGCAAGGCGACGCCACCCCCCCCGACCGCUCGCCUGCUCUCUCCCUCACUGGCAGCCCCCUCCCUGGCACCUCCUCUCCUUCCAUCCCCUCCGCUGGGUCCUCCUCUGGGGAGAGUCGCCGGAACAGCGAGAGCCGGAACGGUGAGAGCCGGGCGGAUGCGGUGCAGGUGGCACAGGAGAGUGACGGCGGUGGGAAAGUGAGUGGGAGUGGGAGUGGUAGUUUUGGCAAGGGGAGUUUCAUGCGUGCUGGGUCUUCCCUGUCGGAUCGUUCUGCGGUUUCGGAUGGGAGUAGCAGCAAGGAGACUGGUGAUGAGAGCAGUACUAGCAAGAUCGCAGCUGAUGCGCUGACAGUGGCAGAUGGUGUCUUAGAGGAGAGGGGCAGGGGGGACGGACAGGAGGGGAGGGGCAGAGGAGGAGGGGAGGAGAAGGGGGUGGGCAUGGGGUUUCAACCUACCAACAGCGGUGGCAGCGGCGGUAUCAGCGGCGGUAUCAGCGGUGUCAGCGGUGGUGGCGGUGGCGGCAGUGGCGGGUUGAGCCUGGCGAGCAGCACGGACAGCACGUUCACUGUGGGGAGCAGGAGCAAUGCGAGCAGCAGGGCUGGCAGUGGGGGCGAGCCCACCACCUCUCCUAUCAGCGGCAGCGGCAGCGGCAGUGGGAACGGGAACGGGAUAGCUGGGAGUGCAGUGAAAGAAGCAGGCAUGGUGGCAGCUGCAACUGCUGUGGCUGGGGUGGAAGAGGCCGGUGGGGCGGGAGAAACGGGAGGGGCAGUGGCGGCAGAAAUGCUGGAAGCGUCCAGUGGGGUGUUCUGCCGUGUGUACUCUUAUGAGGAGAUCCAGAGAGCAACGGACAACUUCAGCCCGCAGCUGGUGCUGGGAGAGGGCGGCUUCGGCACCGUCUUUUCUGGGCUGCUGGGCGGCGGCAAGGUGGCUGUGAAGGUGAUCAAGACGGAAGACGCCGACCGGGCAGCCAAGGAAUUCCAAAGAGAGGUCGAGCUCUUGAGCCAGAUACACCACCCACAUGUCCUAUCGCUGCUCGGCUGCUGCCCGUCGCACCACUGCAUAGUGUACGAGUUCAUGGCCAGCGGCACUCUCGAGGAGCGCCUGCUCUGCGCCAACAACUCGCCGCCCCUCCCCUGGUUCGCCCGCCUCCGCAUCGCCGCUGAAAUCGCCUCCGCACUCCUCGCGCUACACUCGCAGCCAAAGCCAAUCAUCCACCUGGAUCUAAAACCCGCGAAUGUGCUUUUAGACGAGCGGCUUGUAGCGAAGCUGGCAGACGUGGGGGUCGCGAGGCAGAUGCCCGGGUGUGGUGGUGGCUCGGACCAGGGCUUUAAUGUCACGCAUGCGCACACGUCGAUGCCGAUCGGGACCGUCGCUUAUGUCGACCCGGAGUAUCAGCGAACGGGCGAUUUUAGCCCGAAAUCCGAUGUGUACGCCCUUGGGAUUAUCCUGUUUGACUUGCUGACGGGGCGGCAGCCCGCUAUGUAUGAGAGGAUAGAAGAUGCGGUGGAUGAUGGGAACGAGGAGGCGUUGGGGAAGCUGCUGGAUGGCAAAGCAGGGAAGUGGCCUGUAGGGUUGGCUAUGGAGGUGGCGAGGAUUGCAGUGCGGUGCAGUGAGAUGAAGAGGAAAAAGAGGCCUGAUUUAGGGGAAGUGGUGAUGCCCGUGCUGAGGAAAGCACAGAAGGAGGCCGUGAUCUUGAUGGAGAGGAUGAUGGCUGGAAUGUGA